AGCUUUGCGCCCACCCCCGCCUUCUGGCGGCGCGGCCCCCCCCAGUAGCGCGCGCCAGCGCGCCCCCGCCGCGGAGCGCCUCCGAAAAGCCCGCGGGCGCGCGCGGGCGCACUGGCGCCAUGCGGGCCGCCCCCGCCGCGGGCCGCGCGGGCGCGAGGAGCAGCCUCGGGCGGCUGCUCCGAACAGAGGCCGCCGAGAGGGACGCGGAGGCCGACGGGUCCACCGACGAGGAGUGGGAGACCCAGCCGCUGGUGCCCCGCCCGCAGCGUCCGCCGCUGCCUGGGCGCGGGCUGCUCGGCGCGGGUGCCCAGGGCGACCCGAGCAGCCCGCGCCGUGGGCCGCGCGCCGGCCCGCCCAUGGCGGCGGGGACCACGGUGCUGGCUGGCGGUCUGCUCAUCUCGGGCGCCUGCGCCUCGCUGGGACGCUGGGCGCUGCUGCCUCCUCACGGCCAGCGGGCCGAGGCC